AUGAAGCACGCGUCGGGAAAGCCGCAGGGCCAGGGACAGGGAGCCCAGGAGCCGAUUGCCAUUGUUGGCAGUGGCUGCCGCUUCCCUGGUAGCUCCACCUCGCCUUCCAAGCUCUGGGAGCUUCUGAAGGAGCCGAGAGACAUUGCCAAGGAGAUCACAGAAGACAGAUUCAACGUUGAUCGGUACUACCACCCGGACAACAAACAUCAUGGAACAAGCAACGUCCGCCACUCGUAUCUCCUGGAGGAGGAUUUCAAGUCAUUCGAUGCAGCCUUCUUCGGGGUGAAACCCGUCGAGGCUCUGGCUAUGGAUCCUCAACAGCGGCUGCUUCUCGAGACCGUCUACGAGAGCCUCGAGACUGCGGGCAUUGCCAUCCAUCACCUCAAAGGGUCCCAGACCGGCGUCUUCGUCGGGAACAUGGGAUGCGACUAUUCGGAGCUCGUGGGACAGGACCUCGACUCCUUCCCGCUGUACUUUGCACCCGGGACGGCGAGAAGCAUCCUGUCCAACCGGGUCUCCUACUUCUUCGACUGGCACGGCCCGUCCGUCACAGUCGACACGGCAUGUUCCUCGAGUCUCGUCGCGGUGCACCAAGCCGUGCAGAGCCUGCGCCUGGGCGAGGUGCCUGUCGCUGUGGCCUGUGGCACGAAUCUGCUGCUCAGUCCGUCCCAGUAUAUCGCUGAGAGCAAACUCAAAAUGCUCGGGCCAACCGGGCGAUGCCAAAUGUGGGAUGAAUCUGCAGACGGAUACGCAAGAGGCGAGGGGUUUGCCUCGGUGGUGUUGAAGACACUCAGCGCCGCGCUGAGAGACGGCGAUAAUAUCGAGUGUCUGAUUAGGGAGACCGGGUGCAAUCAGGACGGGCGAACAAAGGGCAUCACCAUGCCCAGCCCUCUGGCACAGGCAGAUUUGAUCCGGGAGACGUACAGACGAGCCGGCCUGGACCUAAGUAAGGCCAGUGACCGGCCCCAAUAUUUCGAGGCCCACGGGACCGGCACGCCAGCCGGUGACCCAGUAGAGGCCGAAGCCAUCAGCACGGCAUUUUUCGGCCCAGCGAGCGGCUUUCGGCGGGGGGAGCGGGAUCCGAAACUCUACGUCGGCUCUGUCAAGACCGUCAUCGGGCAUACCGAGGGCACAGCCGGGCUGGCGGCCCUCCUCAAGGCGUCGUUGGCCAUGAAAGCUCGUCGCAUUCCGCCAAAUCUCCAUCUCAACCGGCUGAACCCGGCCAUAGAGCCCUUCUACGGAGAUCUCGAGGUCCCAACCACACUCAAGGAAUGGCCACAACUCGAGCCGGGCCGCCCCCUCCGGGCCAGCGUCAACAGCUUCGGGUUUGGCGGCGCUAAUGCUCACGCGAUUCUCGAGAGCUACGAACCACCUACGCUGUCACACUAUAGGGCCCAUCUCGAGCUGAACCCCGACACAGACCUCCGCGACCUGGCUUUCACCCUCAACAACCACCGUUCGGUGCUGGACAAGCGCACCUUUGUAUCGGCAGUCGAUCUUGACUCCCUCAAGGAGAAGUUGCAGUCACGUAGCAAGGAAGAUGUGGUCAGUUCGAGAGAUGGCGGCGGCGGCGGUGCUGCAAGGCCCGCUGGUUCUCGAAGUCGCAUCCUGGGCGUCUUCACCGGCCAGGGCGCGCAGUGGCCACGGAUGGGGGCUGACCUCAUCCUGAGCUCACCGGCUGCCAGGGCCAUCUUGGAGGAUCUCGAAGACAGUCUUGGGGGUCUGCCCGAUGAGGACCGGCCCACAUGGUCACUGAUCGGGGAGCUGCUCAAACCUGCGGAGUCGUCUCGCAUCCAUGAAGCCCACAUCUCCCAGACGCUCUACACCGCCGUCCAGAUCAUGCUGGUCCAGCUCCUGCGCGCCGCCGGCGUGUUCUUUAGUACCGUGGUCGGGCACAGCUCCGGAGAGGUCCCGGCUGCCUAUACGGCAGGGUACCUCUCCGCGCGGGACGCUAUCCGCGUCUCGUACUACCGUGGCCUGAAUACGCACUGGGCCAAGGGCCCCGGGGGCCAAGAUGGGGGCAUGAUGGCCGUGGGCACAUCAUUCGAAGACGCAAAGGAGCUCACCGAGCUCGACAACUUUGCGGGGCGGCUGGGGGUCGGUGCGAGCAACUCCAGCUCCAGCGUGACCUUGUCUGGGGACCUGGAUGCACUGCAAGAGGCAAAAGAGGUCCUGGAUGCAGAGGGCAAGUUUACCAGGAUGCUCAAGGUCGACAAGGCAUACCACUCUCACCACAUGCUACCCUGCAUCGAUCCCUAUGUGCGAUCGCUGCAGGACUGCGGCGUGGUCGCCCACACGCCGCGCGACAGUUCCUGCCCCUGGAUCUCCAGCGUGUACGUCAGGGACAUGAGUACCGUGACCGAAGACCGGGUGCAGGACAGGUACUGGAGCACCAACAUGACCAGGCCGGUCAUGUUCUCGCAGGCACUGUCGUAUGCCCUGGGCGGGGAGGAGCCCUUCGACUACAUUGUAGAAGUCGGCCCCCACCCUGCGCUCAAAGGCCCCGCCGGCCAGACCGUGCAGGAGGUGCUGGGGCAGAAGCUCCCGUACACCGGAUGUCUGCGCAGGGGGGAGAACAGCGUCGAGGCAUUUGCCGACUGCCUGGGCCAUAUCUGGUCUACCCUCGGCCCUUCGGCCGUCGAUUUCGCAGGCUACGAGUCCUUCCUGUCCGGGGCCGCCGAGCAGCGACUGCUGUCCGGCCUGCCGUCGUAUGGAUGGGACCAUGACCGCAGCCACCAUUUCAAGUCUCGUCUCUCCAAGGCAAUCCUGACGGACAGCACGCCGACGAAUGAGCUGCUCGGCAUCAGGGGGACGGACAAUAGCACUUCUCAGGUGCGGUGGCGCAACAGCCUUCACUCGGCCGAACUUCCCUGGCUGCUGCAGCACCACGCACAGGGCCAGACGGUCUUCCCCGGAAUGGGUUAUGUUUCCACCGCCCUGGAGGCCGUCAACCAGCUCUUUGGCGGUGAUUCGAUCACCACGGUCGAGAUCCGAAACCUCGUCAUCGGGCACGCCCUGGUCAUCGAGGAAAACGUGGGGGCCGAGACCGUCUUCUCCGUGACGGCCAUCACGCGGACGGCCGACAAGAUCACCGCCCACUUUGCCUUCCUCAGCCACCAGGGAAACGAUCCAACCAAGUUGAUCGAGAACGCCUCGGGCGAGCUUCACGUCAUGCUUGGCCGGGCCUCGGAGGACGCCCUCCCGGGCAAGCUCGAGACCGACAGCCAGCUGAAGGAUCUGGACGAAGAACGCUUCUACUCGUCAAUCGCGAGCCUCGGGUAUGGAUACACCGGCCCGUUCAAGGCCCUCACGAGCCUGCAGCGCCGGAUGGGAGCCGCGACCGGUCUCCUGACCAUUCCACAGCAGACUGCAUUCUUCGACAAGAUGCUCGUCCACCCGGCAGCCCUGGACGCCACGGUACAGUCCAUCCUGGCGGCCUACUGUUUCCCCGGGGACACGCGCCUCCAGGGCAUCCACCUGCCCACGGGCGUUGACUGCAUCCGGUUCAACUUCGCACACUGCGUCGAGCAGCUGAACCCCGGGGCUCAGCUGCCCUUCUGGGCAUCGGUCGCACUGACCGACGAGGACGACGCGCAAGACGUCGGUGGCGAUGUCGACCUGUACUCCCAGUGUGGCCGGUUCACCUUGAUCCAACUGCAGGGCCUCCACACCAAGCCGCUCUCGCCGGUGUCUGCCGCAAAAGACAUCCACCUGUUCUCCGAGGUGGUGUGGAAGCCCGAGGCCCCCGCCGGGGCCAACCUUGAGCUCCACGGCGAGCGGCUGGCCAUCGAGAGCGAGAUGUUCGACGCAAUGGAGCGCGUUGCUUACUUCUACAUGCGGACCCUGAGGAAUGAGCUGCCACCGGGCCACUCACGUCGUGACCUGGCCCAGCACCAUGUGCGCUUCCUCGAGUGGGCAGACCACGUGCAGGACCGUGUUGCGGGCGGGAGCCUGCGCCAUAUCCACAAGGACUGGGAAGGCGACACGGUCGACGACAUCCGCCGACUCGUCGCGAGGUUCCCCGACAACAUCGACCUGCAGCUCAUGUAUGCCGUCGGUGAGAAUUUCCCGCGCGUCUUCAGAGGCGAGAUCAACGCCCUUGAGCCCAUGGUCCAGGACAACAUGCUCAACAGGUUCUACGUGGACGCCAUGGGCAUGUCCCAGUACACCGAGGAUCUCGCACGCAUGGUGGCACACCUGACGCACCGGUACCCGCACAUGAAGAUCCUCGAGGUCGGGGCAGGGACGGGCGGGGCCACCAAGGUCAUGCUGCGGAGGCUCGACAACGCCUUUGCCUCGUACACCUACACCGACAUAUCGAGUGGGUUCUUCGGGGAGGCGCGCGAGGUCUUCCAGGCCUACGAGUCCAGGAUGGUCUUCAAGACCCUGGACAUCGAAAAGGACGUCGUCGAGCAGGGCUACGAGGAGCACUCGUUCGACGUCGUCGUCGCGAACCUGGUCGUGCACGCGACGCGGAACCUCGAGGCCACCCUGGCGCAGCUGCGCCGCCUGGUCAAGCCCGGCGGGUACCUGCUCCUCCUCGAGAUCACCAACAACGACCCGCUGCGGUUCGGCUUCAUCUUCGGCAGCCUGCCCGGUUGGUGGCUUGGCUGCGACGACGACGACGACGAUGACGGAGGGCGCGUCUACUCGCCGUGCGUCGGCGUGCGACGGUGGGACGAGGUCAUGCGGAAGACGGGCUUCUCGGGCGUGGACACCCUCACGCCACACCACGCGCUUGGCCCGCUGUCGGUGAUCCUCACCCAGGCCGUUGAUGACCGCGUCGGCUUCCUGCGACAGCCUCUCACCACGUCACCCUCGGCCUUGUCCGUGGACGCGGGACACCUGACCAUCGUGGGCGGCGCGCCACCGCUGACCGAGGCGCUGCAGCAGCUCAUGCAGCCGCACUACAAGCAGAUCUCUGUCGUCUCAAGUAUCGAGCUGGUCCCGUCCCAAGACCUUCCCAUCAUGGGGACCGUGUUGUCGCUGGUCGAGCUCGACAGCCCGCUGUUCUGCGACGUAACCUCUCAAAAGCUGGCUGGCUUCAAGCAGAUUUACCAGCAGUCCAAAAACGUAUACUGGAUUACGUGCGGCGCCUCUGGCCAGAACCCCUACGCCAACAUGGUCAUGGGCGUCGGAAGGACCAUCGUGCUUGAGAUGAAGCACGUCCGGCUCGGCUUCCUCGACUUCACGCGGGCCGGAGACGCGGAUGCCCAGAAGCUAGGAGAGAAGCUGCUGCAGUUUGAGGCCUCGGGCGUCUGGGACCAACAGGAAGGGCCGCCCGCCCUGACCUGGUACCAAGAGCCGGAGCUCAGGUUCGAGGAGGGGCAGUUCCUCGUCCCUCGCAUCCGGCUGAGCAAGGACCGCAACGCUCGCUACAACGCGAAGAGGCGGUUCCUCGCGCAAGACGUGGACCCACGGGUCCACCCCGUGGGCUUGACGCCUCGGGGGCAGUCCCUGGCCCUGCAGGAGACCUUUGGUCCUGUCUGUGCUGAGACCCGCCCCGACGUUGUGUCUAUCACCGUCGGCUACGCCAUGCUCCAGUCGGUAAGGCUGCCGUCCUCGGACUACCUGUUCCUGGUCCUCGGCACCGAUAACACCACUGGAAAACCCGUGUUUGCGUUCGCAGACUCACACAGGUCGGUCGUCGAGGUCGACAGACACUGGACGUUGCCAUGCACCAUGCCCCUGGACCAGGGCAAGCAGGCGCUGGUAUCGAUGUACGAACAGGUCAUGGCUCAGACGGCAGUAGAUGGUCUCGGACACGGCGAUUCUAUUGUGGUCCUGGAUGCAACACCAUCAAUGGCCGAGGCGCUGGCCAGACGAUGCGCGGAGAAGGGCAGCCGUGUAACGUUGUUGACGACGAAGGCUGAGCGCCAGAGCCGUGAAACAAUAUACGUCCACCCCCUGGCUCCAACGAGGCGCGUGGAGGAGGUCCUGCCCCCCAAGGUAUCCCGUCUCCUCGACAUGUCCGACCAUACGGGCGGCAGCGCGGAUGCGGUCCGGCUGGUGGCCAAGUGUGUCCCGUCCAAGUGUCAGCAUGAGAGCCUCGGCUCGUUGACCGAUAUCUCGGCGCGCGUCACCACGCCGACGUUCGUCGGCCUGGAUUGUGCCGUACCUGAUGUUCUACGAGCCUGUUGGGCCCAUGCCAGAUCUGGUGGGGGCUCUUCAGAACCCCCGAUGAUUGCCUUGGUGACGCCGAUGGACGUGGCGGAAGGGAAGCCCGUGCCACCUGGCCCCUGCCUGGUUGACUGGGCUUCUGCUUCCAAGUGCGCUGUCCGCAUCCAGCCAGCGGACUCGGUGGUCCGCUUCAAGCAGGACAAGACGUACUGGCUGGUCGGCCUCACCGGCGGGCUCGGGCUGUCCCUCUGUCGGUGGAUGGUGGAACGGGGCGCCAGAUAUGUGGUGAUGACGAGUCGAAACCCAAGUAUCGACCAGAAAUGGCUACAGAGCGUAGAGGCUCUCGGAGCCAAGGUCAAGAUAUUCCCCAACGAUGUUACCAAGAGAGAAGCGGUGAACUCAGCUUUCAAGACCAUCACGGCCACAAUGCCCCCAAUAGCUGGAGUUGCGCAAGGCGCCAUGGUCCUCCAGGACACCAUGUUCGCUGACACGACACUUGAGACCGUGGACACCAUCCUCGGGCCCAAGGUGCAGGGAAGCAUCUACCUCGACGAGAUCUUCCACGACACGCCGCUGGACUGGUUCGUCUUCCUGUCCUCCAUCGCGUGCACGUCUGGGAACCCGGGGCAGAGCAUAUACGCCGGCUCCAACAUGUUCAUGAACUCCCUGGCCGCCCAGCGCCGCGGCCGCGGGGUCGCCGGCUCGUCCGUGGAGAUCGGCGCCAUCAUGGGCAACGGCUCCGUCACGGACAAGCUCAGCUUCGAGCACCAGAAGUACCUGUUCUCGGUGGGCAACAUGUGGAUGAGCGAGCAGGACUUCCUCACCAUGUUUGCCGAGGCGGUCCUCGCCAGCCCGCCGGACUCGCAGCACUCGGUCACGACCGCGACGGGGCUGCGUCUUCACUACAGCGACGAGAGCCCGGACAUAACCUGGUUCAGCAACCCCAGGUUCCAGCACCUUGUCCUCGAGACCGGAAAGGGUGCCUCGACGGGCUCGAGCACCUCGAAGCAGGGCCUGGCGAUCAAGGUGCGGCUGCAGGAGGCCAAGACCACGGAGGAGACACACGCCGUGCUAAAGGAUGCGUUCAUUGCCAAGCUACAAUCUUCCCUACAGGCGGAAGGAGACGCUGAGUUGCUGGGCGUCUCCCUUGAGGCGCUCGGGAUGGACUCCCUCGUUGCCGUGGAUCUGAGGUCCUGGUUCCUGAAGGAACUUGCCAUCGACGUGCCUGUCCUCAAGAUCCUGAACGGCGGUACCGCCGGGGAGCUGCUCGAGUUUAUCCAAGAAACCGUGGUCGCGUCUCUCGGGUCGAACCCAUCCGAGGGCGAGGCCGACGUCAAGGCCGACGUCAAGGCCGACGUCGAAGCCCCCGCGACCGUGGUCGUGCCCGCCGCAACGGAGACGAAUGUGCCGGCCAGCGCCGAGCAGCUCGAGACCCAGACGGCGGACGCCAGCACCGCGUCGUCGAGGAGCGGCGCUCUGUCCACCACCGACGCGGAGAAGGACACCUCCUCCGAGGACGACCCCGUCUCCGAGACGUCCCUCUCCGCAUCCCAGGAGCCCCUCAAGCUCGGCCUGCAGCGGGUGGCCCCCAUAUCCUUUGGCCAGUCGCGGUUCUGGUUCCUGAGGUCGUACGUGGAGGACCCGCUCGCCUUCAACAUCACGUCGCUCAUGCGGAUCCGCGGGCCACUGCGCGUCGACGACUUCGCAGCGGCGCUGGAGAAGGUCUGCCAGCAGCACGAGGCCCUGCGCACGUCCUUUGCCGUCGAGGGUCACCUCCCGGUGCAGAAGGUCUGGAGCCAGCCGGCCUUCCAGCUGGAGAGGAGGACCAUCUCUGACGAGGCCGAGGUCAGCAAGGCCCACGAGAUGAUGAAGAACAAUGUGUACGACCUCGGGGCCGGCAAGACCAUGAGGAUGCAGCUCCUGUCCAAAUCAUCGACAGAACAUGUCCUCGUUCUCGGAUACCACCAUAUCAACAUGGACGGCAUCAGUUUCGAGGUGCUCUUCCGGGACCUGGAGAAGGCGUACAAUGGCGAGCCGUUCAACACGUCCGUCAUGCAGUAUCCCGACUUCUCACUGAGGGAGGCCAAGCAGUACAGGUCCGGCCAGUGGAAGCCAGAGCUUGAUUACUGGCGUGGCCAGUUCCGCACGCUGCCUGAGCCGCUGCCCCUGCUGCCCCUAUCGAAACAGACAUCCCGGCCGAGAAGGAUUACCUAUGCAACACUCACGGUCAGGCGCAGGGUCAGCGCGGAGCAAUCAGCCGCGAUCAAGGAAACCUGCCGCAGGUUCAAAGCCACGUCCUUCCACUUCUACCUGGCCGUCUUCAAGGCGGUCCUCGCUCGGUACAGCGGCCAAGAGGACUUCUGCAUCGGCAUCGCGGAUGCGAACAGGAAGGAGAGCGACGUGAUGGAUGCCAUAGGCCUCUACCUAAACCUCCUCCCUCUCCGCGUUGGGGGAUCCCCCACCCAGACCUUUGGCGAGGCCCUCAGGGAGAUGCGGCAGAAGUCUCAGGAGGCCUUUGCUAACUCCAAGGUGCCCUUCGACAUCCUGCUCAACGAGCUGAACGUCCCCCGCUCGUCGGAGCACGCGCCUCUCUUCCAGGCGUUCCUGAACUACCGCCUGGGCAUCGCCGAGGAGCGGCCCUUCUGCGGCUGCCGCGGCACUGGCGAGCUCGUCGCCGGCGGGCAGAUCGGCUACGACAUCAGCAUGGACAUCGUCGAGAACCCCGGCGGGGACUCCCAGGUCAUGCUGGCCGUGCAGGAGGACCUGUAUGACCUCGAUGCCGCCAGCGCGCUGCUCGACAACUACUUCAACCUCCUCGAUGCCUUCGCCAAGAACGCGGCCGCACAGAUCAGCCGCCCCGCGAUGCACGACGCCGCGGCCGUGGACAGGGCUCUCACGCUGGGACAUGGCCCCCUGCAUGACUUCGCCUGGCCCGAGACACUCGCCCAUCGCAUUGAGGAGAUGACGGCCAAACACCCGGGCCAGGUCGCUCUCAAGGACGGGCAGGGGUGCAAACUCACCUACGCCGAGAUGGCAAGGCGCGUCGACGCCAUCGCCGCCCGGCUCGAGAAGACGAAGUCGACGGCGACGUGGUUGGUCACCACGGAGCGUCUGGCCCAGAUUGUCAGCGAGUGCAAGCCAGCCUGCAUCCUGAUCGACAACAGCACGAGCGCCGUCUUCGGCGAACUCGGGUCUGCCGGCGUCCCUAUUGACGUUUCCGAGUCCUUGGGCUCGACGUCAACGGCAUCGCACAACAAGAACACGUCGCCAACCAUCAAGGCCAGAGCCGAGAGGCCAGCCGCCGUCUUGUACACGAGCGGGUCGACCGGGAGGCCCAAGGGCGUCUGCCUCAGCCACGCAUCGCUGCGGAACAACAUCGAGAUCGCGACGCAGCGGUUCGGCUUCCGGGAGGGCACCGACGUCAUGCUGCAGCAGGCGGCCUUCAGCUUCGACAUGUCCAUGUCGCAGGCGCUGCUCGCGCUCGCCAACGGCGGCACGCUGGUCGUCGCGCCGAGCCACCUGCGCGGCGACGCGCUCGGCCUCGCCCGGCUGAUCGCGGACGAGGGCGUGACCAUCACCCAGGCGACCCCGACCGAGUACAUGGCCUGGAUGCGCUCCGGCGGCGGGUACCUCAGCGGCUCCGCGUGGAGGGUCGCCGGGUGCGGCGGCGAGCCCAUGGCGAGGCCGCUCCUGAGGGCGUUCCGGUCGGUCGGGCGGCCGGGGCUCCGCCUCUUCAACGUGUACGGCCCCGCCGAGACCAGCUUCACGUCGCACACCCGCGAGGUUGCGUACCACAGCCCCGACGGGGAGGGCGCCGACGUCUCCCUGGCGACGUGGCCCAACUACUCGGUCUACAUCGUCGACCGGGAACUCAAGCCCGUGCCCGUGGGGGUCUCGGGGGAGAUAUGCAUCGGCGGCGGGGGCGUCGGGCUCGGGUACUUCAGGGACGAGGCCCGCACGUCCGAGGCCUUCCUCCACGACAGCCACGCCUCAGCAGAGUUCCAGGCUCGAGGCUGGAGGACGAUGCACAGGACCGGAGACCGCGGGCGGCUGGCAUCUGACGGAGCCCUUGUCGUGGAAGGCCGGAUUGUGGGCGACACCCAGAUCAAGCUCAGGGGCAUCCGGAUGCAUCUCCAGGAGAUCGAGGCCGCCAUCGUCCGGGCCGGGGGCGAGAGGAUCACCGACGUGGCAGUCUCGGUCCGCCAGGACAGCGAGUCCAGCCCUCAGUACCUCGUCGCCCACGUGGUAAUCGACAACGACCCGUCUGCGGGUGCCGGCGGUGGUGAGGACGAGGCGAGCUUCCUGGCCCAGGUUGCCAGCCGUCUGCCGCUUGCCCAGCACAUGAAGCCUUCUGUGCUGGUGCCAGUCGCCAGACUCCCGCUCAACAGCUCCAACAAGCUGGACCGCCGUGCGGUGCAGGCCCUGCCCAUCAGGACGGCCAACGGGGAGCGAGAAAACCAAGCGGGCCCGGCGGCCGUGACGGCGCUGCAGGCUGAGGUCCGGGAGCUCUGGAAGGAGGUUAUCCCCGCCGACGUCAGCAGCAACUACUCCGUAGGGCCCGACACGGACUUCUUCCACGUGGGCGGGACGUCGCUGCUCCUCGUCAACCUCCAGGGCCUGCUCGAGAAGAAGUACGCAAAGGCGCCCGCCCUGCACAAGAUGUUCGAGUUCAGCACCCUCGCCGGCAUGGCCAGCCUCUUCGCGGAUGACACCUCGGGCCAGACACCGUCCCCGCCCGUCGUCAUCGACUGGGAGGAAGAGACCGCCCUCCCGCCCCUAUCGCCACCACAAUCACUCCCCCCAGCAGCGGCGGCGGCACCACCACCCCCGGCCUCGCCGCCCCGCACCGUCGUGCUCACGGGUGCCACGGGCUUCCUGGGCCAGCACCUCGUGCGCGCGCUCCUCCGCCAGCCGGGCAUUUCCCGCAUCCACUGCAUCGCGACGCGGCCCCGCCGGGCAGGGGCAAAGCCCCUCCCGGCCGUGCUGACCUCGGACCCGCGCGUCGUCCUGCACGCGGGCGACCUCGGCGCCGACGACGGCGGGCUCCUGGGCCUGGCCCCCCAGCUCGCCGCGGCCAUCUUCGCCGAGGCCGACGCCGUCGUCCACAACGGCGCCGACGUCUCCUUCCUCAAGACGUACGCGACCCUGCGCCGCACCAACGUCGGCAGCACGCGCGCCCUGGCCGCGCUGGCGGCGCCCCGCGGCAUACCCGUGCACUUCGUCAGCAGCGCGAGCGUCGCGCAGCUGGCGGCGGGCGUCGGCGGGGGCGGGGGCGGGGAGGAAGGGGAGGGGGAGCCGUCGUUCGGCGAGGUCAGCGCGGCGGCGUGGCCCCCCGCGUCCGACGCCCGCGACCUCGCGACCGGCGGGUACACGGCGGCCAAGUGGGCGGCGGAGCGGGUCCUCGAGCGGGCGGCCGAGUGCUGGGGGCUCCCCGUCACGGUGCACCGGCCCAGCAGCAUCGUCGGCGAGGGCGCGGGCGACCUGGACCUGAUGCAGAACCUGUUCCGGUUCGUCGAGGAGAUGGAGGCGAUGCCCGAGUCGCGCGCCUGGAGGGGCUACGUCGACUUCGUGUCGGUGGAGAACGUGGCCCAGGACAUUGUGGCGGCGGCGAUGGGGGGUUCGGCUGCCGCGGGUGGUGGUGGUGGUGGUGGUCGGGACGGAGGGGCAAAGGUCCGGUACCUGUACGAGUCGGGCGACAUUGUGUAUCCGCUGGCUGUCAUGAAGGAGUUGCAGGGCAGCGGCGGGGGCGCACCGCUGCCGGUGAGGACGGUGCCGCUCGCCGAGUGGGUCGAGGAGGCCGUCAAGAAGGGGCUGGACCCCAUGUUGGCCGAGUACCUGGUCAGUGCCGACCAGAACGGCUCGCCGGUGGCGUUCCCCAAGCUCGUCAAGGGGGGAAGGGCCUGA